AUGAUGAUGGCGCAGCAAUUCCCUGCCCAUCAAGGCAUACCGCAACACCAUGGCCUUCCUCCGGGUCAUCCGCUGGCCGCUGGUCAACACCCGAAUGCCCAUCCCGGGGCAGGAAUGGUUCAACAAGUUCACCCUGGAGUGUCGGCGUCGGGCGGACCUCAAGUCACCCAAGGCGGACCGGUGAUGGGCGGGAUGCCUCCUGGUGCAGGAACAACCGCCCCUGGAGGUCCGGUUCAGGCCCAUGCCCUGUCUCAUUUGGGACCUGCUCAGGCCCAUCUGUUCCAACAGCCGCAUUUUGCUCAGAAUUUUGCCAACAACCCUCAACUUUUGCAGCAACAUCAGCAUCAGCAGCAACAAAUCAUUAGACAGCGAAUGAUGUAUCAACAGCAACAGCAGCAACAACAGCAGCAACAGCAGCAGCAACAACAACAGCACGGCGGACUUCCGGUUUCGUUACCAAACGGCACCCAGGGCAUAAACGCCGCCCAAUUCGCCGCUAUGCAAGCCAACCCGGGGAUGCGACCGGUGAACUUGCAGAUGCAACUCCAGCAAAUGCCUCAUGGACAGCCGCAGAACAUUCCCCAGCAACACAUCUUUGCGAUGCAACAGGCACAGCAGGCGCAGCAGGCGCAGCAGCAAGCGCAUCAAGCGCAGCAGGUCCAGCAGCCCAAUGCCGCACAGCCCGGACAGCAUACCCCUCAGCAGCGAGCAUCCGCUCAACCUCAACCCGUACACGAUGCGCAAAGCGUCACCCCCCAGCCGCAACCCGGCCCGCCGCCUCAUCAGGGCAGUAGCACGCCCCAGUCGCAGCCGCCGCAGCUGCCGGUUUCUCAGCCGCCCCCUCAGCAACCCGUCGCUCCUCAGCCUCAACCCACUCCCAACCCGCCACCUCAGCAAUUGCCUCAGUCUCAGCAACCCGGUCCGCAACCGCAGCAGCCGCAACCCCCGCAAUCGCAGCCGCAACCGCAGCCAGGUCAGCCGGGCCCGCAGGGCCAACAGCCCGGUCAACAGCCGCAGCAGCCGAUGACGGCCCAGGAGGCCCAACUCAAGGCCCAGCAGCAGAACAAUGCCGCCAUGAUGAUGCAGCAGCGCAUGGGCAUGAAGGGCGCCACUAUCCUAUGUCUCAGUAAUUUCGCCGAACAUCUGAGUAAUUUCACCAGCCGCGGCGAGGCCUAUGAUCUGCCAUACUGGAACUCUUUCGUGGAACGAUUUUAUUCGCCCAACGGUGUCCUACGACAAGGCGUGUACAACCCGCAGUCCGGCUCGAAGCAGUUCGAGAUUGCGACGCCAGCUCUUGCGCGUUAUUAUCUAACACAAUUCACCAGCGGCAUCCGACAAAUCCAAAUGGUGGUCGAGGCUGCUCGGGAGAGGGAUUCGCCCAACGGAGGCCACAUUGUAGAGAGUACCAAAACGUCAUUUAUCUACUGGUUCGCGAAUGACACUCAGCUCUUCACCAACGGGACAUUGCGAGCCCACUUCGAUAUGAGUAACAAGAUCGAAAUGCUUGACAUUGUGGUCAUGAACCACACCGAGUAUCUUCCUCGGAGUCAGUUGCAGGCGCUAGGGUCGCCCGAUCUGAAGCAGAGCCCCAAGGUCUCUAAGAACAUGGGCAAGCGCGGUCAGAAGCAGCCUCCGCAACCUCAAAUCCAGCUGCCCGAGUCGAUGGUAACGCCAAAUGGUGUUCCUACUGCUGUGAUGAGCUUCCUCGAGGUGGCCGAGACGAUUUCGCAAAUGCAAAUGCUUUUCCAGUUCUCUCAGCAAAACCCGCAACUUUCUGCCCCUGAUGCGCUGCGCAACCUGGUCAACACGCUGCAGAUGCAGAAUCCGAAUCCCGGGUUCAUGCCCAGCCCUAUGAACCCCGCCAUGCAGCAGGGGCAAAACCCGCGGGCUCCUAGCAUCGGCGGACCCAAUCAGUUUGCCUCUCCAGCCAUGGCUCACCUGGGACUCCCUGGCAACCAAGGAUCCCCUCACCUGACUGGCUCGGCUCAUCCCAGCCCGGCGCAAAGCCAUCUGGCCGGGCCGCCAGGGAUGGUUCCUCCCGGCCAGGUGCAGCCCAGCGUUGGUCAAGGUAACAGCGCCAGCGCCAGUCCCAACGUUAACAACAAACGGCGGCGUGCCAGCACCGUGAAGAUGGAGAACGACGAUGCCGGUGGCCCGGAAGUCAAUGGCGCUCCCGGUGCGGGCCCGAAAACCGUCAAGGCCAGUCCUCGAGUCGGGGGGAAGAGACAAAAGGGGACCAGCUAA